AUGGCCAAUGGAGCAGCCGGAUGGGCAAGUGCACCUGAUGGACCAUAUGCUUGGGGAUAUUGCUUUCUGAAGGAAGUAAACCAUGCCGAUUAUUGUUCUAAUUCCAAUGAGUGGCCAUGUGCUCCUGGGAAACAAUAUUAUGGAAGAGGACCAAUCCAAAUCUCUUACAACUUCAAUUAUGGGCCAGCGGGUAGAGCUAUUGGUGUAGAUCUUCUCAACAAUCCUGAUUUAGUAGCCCAAAAUGCAAUAAUUUCAUUCAAGACUGCCAUAUGGUUUUGGAUGACUCCACAAGGUAAAAAGCCAUCAAGCCAUGAUGUUAUCACCGGAAGAUGGACACCGUCCCAUGCUGACAGGGCGGCUGGCCGGGUACCUGGAUACGGCGUGAUCACCAACAUAAUCAACGGUGGAGUUGAGUGUGGACAUGGGUGGGAUGCUAGGGUUGAAGAUCGGAUUGGAUUUUACAAGAGAUAUUGUGGCAUAUUUGGAGUUAGCACAGGGGAUAACUUAGAUUGCUAUAACCAAGCAUCAUUUGGCAAUAGUUUGUUAAUUAAGCAAGUUGUAUAA